GUCGUCGUCGUCGUCGUCGUCGUGUGUUUCGAGCCCACUUUCGGACCUGUUCUCCAUUCUGACCAACGAUCCAUAUACGAGAAUGAUAUCGAGUGACGUUCGGUUUUUUCUUUUGGCGAUACUCUUCCUAUCGUGUACUUUCAACGUACACGCACACCCGAAUCGCUUCUCCGAAGAUGAUAAUCCCAACGAGGAAGAACUUGUCAACUCCUGGUCUUUGGAUGACUUAAACGAAGGAAGCGAGCACGAUGCUCGUCGGGACGAGGCUCUAGAAAAACUACAACAGGUUCUUGGUAUCCGGAGUCACAGCGAGAAAACAGGACGUCGCAAGGUGCCACCGCAAUUUAUGGUGGAACUGUAUAAUAAUGUAGCAGAUCCCAGUGGUGUCACGCGUGGCAAAAAUCCAUACAAUGCCAAGGUUGUCCGCAGCUUCAUCGAAAGAGAUACCACCUUAUCGCGAUUCUACUUCUUCAACAUCACGGGUUUAGAGAUGGACGAAUCUGUUUUGGAGGCAGAGCUUCAUCUUUAUCGGAAGAGAACACCUUUGAAAAUUAUGCAUCCAUCCACUUUAGCUUCACCCUAUUAUUUGAUAAGAGUAUAUCAAGUCUUGGAUGAGAAAAGUUUAGACGUGCCCGAUCUUCACAGGCUGUUGAACGUUAGAUACGUCGGGGCACACGCGUCCGGUUGGCAGAUAUUCAAUGUAAAACAAGCGGUUCUUGCCUGGUUAACUGGAGAACCAAAUCUUGGUCUUUUGGUAACGGCUUCCACUUUGUUCGAGGAUCAAGUGACUGUAGAGUUUUCCCGGCGAAACGAGUACCAUCAUAGCAAACAACCGAUCUUGGUACUCUUUGAUGACGACGGGAAAGGACACCGAGGCGAACGUGGCAACAACGAGAGCGAAGAAACAUCCUACGAGGACGAAGACGAGAAGAACGAUUUGAAGAACGAGUACGGUGAAAAGAACGCCGAGAAACGCGAUCGAGGAAAAGGUCAACCGGAAGAGACUCGAUGGGAAAACGAGAAUAAAUCCGAAUACUUUCAAAGGCAGAAGAGAACGCAAAUAGGAGAACACGAUGUAGUGACACAGACUGCUCGGGUAACCCGAGAUUUUGCAGAAGAGACGCCCAAACGACGUCGAAGGGAAACCAUUUCCUCUUCAAGAAAAUUAAAGAAAAACGUUUAUUCGCACGGCUUGACCUCGAUGGACAUAUAUCAACGAGCGAUACGCCGCGAAAGAAUGGGAGAAAGAGUUCGUCAAAGGCCAAUGUCUUUGUCGAAUGAAAAUUUCCGUGAGAAACGGUCAAUUAAAAGUCACGCUUCCGUUCGACAAAAUGUCACCGAAUGUACGAGGCACGAGCUCUACGUCGACUUUAAAGAAAUCGGUCUUUCCUCCUCUAUCAUCGCUCCGCUCGGUUAUUCCGCCUAUCAUUGCAAAGGCAUCUGCGAAUCGCCAUUGAGUCAAGAUCAACAGCCGACAAAUCACGCGACUAUUCAGGGAAUCGUUCACAAAAUGGGACUGGUGAAGGGGGUUGAGAGACCUUGCUGCGUACCCACGAAACUAUUGGGCACAACCAUUCUAUUCUUUGAUGACAAUGAAAACGUGGUCCUGAAAGUUUAUCAAGACAUGAUAGCGGAUCGUUGCGGAUGUCGUUAAGGAUCUCAUGGUUUUUUUAUUCCCCUUGUGAAGGAAGAAGCAGCCGAAGCGUCAAAGUAUGUGUUAAUGGUAUUGAAAAGAAGAAGAAUGCGUGAAUAUGUAUGUGAGGAAAGAGAAAGAAAAAGUGGGAGUGCGCGCGAGAAAGAGAGAAAGAAAGAGAGCGAAUGUAAGAGUGGCAGAAUAUCUGAAUCAGGUAAAAAUGAUUUUUACGCGUUAGCACGAGAGUCAUUCCUAAAGAUUCGUCUGAAGAUCGCCGUUUAAUUGACGUCCCAACAUUGUACAUAAGAACAUUCCUAAAUUCGCGUAGAACUAAGCGUAUCAAUGAUUAGAAUGUGUCUAUAUCAUAGCCUAUAUCUUCAUUAAAUUAUUAUUAUAACCACACGUAGGGAAUUUAUCGUCUCGAUCAUUGUAUAUACUACUGUGUCGUAAAAUGAGUUAGAGUUAUUUAUAUUUUAAUUAUGACAAAUAAAACGAGUAUUUAAGCUAU